GGGCUGGGGGAGGGGCAGGUGGGAAGCAGGCCUCCCUACAGCGGCCAGAGCUCAGUUGCUAAAUCGCUGGUUCCUGGAAAAUAUAAAACAAGAUCGAGGACUCUAAGGUCCUCGAGGACACAUACCUUCCGGGUGAGUUGGACAGACUGCUGGAUGCAUGAGCUCCUAGCCUCAGUUUCCAGGAUCUUUCUCACAGCUUUGACCUCCAACUAGCAAGGCGGAAGACCCUUUCCCUGGAGCCUGGAUGGUUACUUGGAGAUCCAGCGGUCACAGAGAGAGCCAGGGCAGGAGCACACAUCUGAGGCACGCGCCAUGCGGUGGACUCUGUUGCUGCUGCUCUUGACCGUGCAGAGGCAGAGUGAGGCAGGGCCUCACCAGGAGAAGGCCUCGGGCUUCGGACUCGCUCCUCAAAGGUCCCCGGGGAGCGGCGGCAGCACUGCCACCACAUCGCCCUGCGAGGGGCUCCCCGCCGCAGGGGCCACGGCCUGGACCUUGGCGAACCGCAACCUGGAGAGGCUGCCCCGCUGCCUGCCGCGCACGCUGCAGAGCCUCGACUGCAGCCACAACCAGCUGCACGCCCUGAGCGUGGGCGAGCUCAGCCACCUGCCCGAGCUGCAGGAGCUCACGCUGCACCACAACAGCAUCGCCACGCUGCGCUGGGGCCUCAGAGCGCCGCCCGGGCUGCGCGUCCUGGAUCUCAGCUACAACAGGCUGAACAAGCUGCCCCAGUGCCUCAUUCCCCCGCGGCACACCCCGAGUGUGUUGGAGCUCGCGGGGAAUCCGCUUCGGGAGCUGCCAGCCCGGGCCUUCGUCUGCUUCCCCGCGCUGCAGCAGCUUAACCUCUCCUCCACCGAGCUGGGCGGCGGCGCCCAGGGAGGCAUCGCCCGGGCGGCGUUCGCUGGAGCUGCUGGUGAACCCCUGGCCACGCUCAAGGUUCUGGAUCUCAGCGGCACGCACCUCCAGCAAAUUGAGUCUGGGUGGAUCAGAAACCUGCCAAAUCUCACACAUCUCUACCUGAGGAAGAUGCCAAGGCUAAGGACCCUGGAGGGAGACAUUUUCAAAAUGACCCCCAACCUCCAGCAGCUGGAUUGCCACGACUCCCCUGACCUGACUUCCGUCCACACACACAUCUUCCGGGAUACCCCUUCUCUACAGACCCUUCUUUUCCACAACUGCAACUUGAGUUCCUUCCCUCCUUGGACCAUGAAUUCCUCCCAGGUGCCAUCUGUUACCCUCUUUGGCAACCCUCUCACUUGCAGCUGUGAGUUAUCCUGGCUCUUCAUGGAUGCAGAGAGAACUGUCCUAAGCAGGGCGGCAGACACGAUGUGCUCACCAGCUGCAGGAUCCAGGGGCCCCUUCUCAGCGCCUCUUCCCCUCUCCCAGCUGCCAGGUGUGUGCAGGUCAGACCUUCUGGCUUCAAACCAGCCUGUGGGAGGCCAGCCAAGUGUCACCAAAGGCUCAUCCCACUUGACUCCUUCAGACAACGGGAUUCCCGUCAUCCUGUUGGAUGAUGACAGCCAGGAGGAGAGGGACAGGGAGGAGGUGGAUGUCCCCACUCAGCCUGGCCGCUGCGAUUACAACCUGUGCAGGCACCUGCAGACCCCAUGCCUGGAGCUGCAAAAGCACUCACAUUGCACCUGCCCGGGGCUCAGCAGGGAGGACACUGUCCCCGACCCGCCCCAGCUACAGAGGGUGUCGGAGUUGACUGACACGUCAGUGCUCAUCCGCUGGUGCGCCCCUUACUCGGUGGUGCGCACCUACCAGAUCCACUACUUCACGGAGGGUGAUGCAAGGAACCAGUCAGUGGGAGACAUCUAUGCCACUGCUCGACAGCACCCUCUGUACGGGCUGUCACCCAGUACUACCUACCAGGUGUGCGUGGUGGCAGCCAAUGCUGCGGGCCUGAGCCAGCUGGAGCCGAUGGGUUGGAGGAGGCCGUGCACCACUGUCACCACUAAGCCCAGCUCAGUGGUCAUCCUCAUGGCGCUGGGGACUGCCUGCAGCCUGCUGCUCCUCAGCACCCUGGUGCUGUCUGUGUGCCUCUUCAGGCAAGGCCAGAAGCUGUGCCGGCACAACCACAACACCUACCUGGUGUCCUUCAAAAACCCAUACCUGAUGCCCCUCGAAAACCCUGGCCAGGACUGCAGGCAGAGUGCAGUGAUGGGAGUCUUGCCUGGUGUGUGUGAGGCCCCAGGUUCCAUCCCCAGCACCACACAGAGAGGAGAGGAACCAGCCUUUGACCCUGUGAAGCUGCAGACCUUCUAUUAGCCCAAUGUUCUUCUUCCAGUGGAGCUGAUCUUUGUCCAGAAGGAACAGAGGGCCCCAAAUGGCCCCAUCAGGUCCAACUGCGAGAGGCCAGCAUGCCUCCAGCAUGCACUGUGUCUCUGUCCAAGGACCAAUUGCUUUCCUUCCUUCUCUGCUGUCCCUGAUGGUCAACACCAGGCCACUCCCACUGGCACCUGGCAUUCUUUCCUCUUGCUUACUUGGGGUUUCUGCAGUCAGUACCCCUCAGGACCCAGCAGAGCAGUGUACAGAAGCAGGAAGAGAGAAACUGCACCACCUGGCCUCGUGGGCAAUACUGGAAAUAACAUCCUUAGGUCUUUUCAGGACAAGUUCCCUUGUGGUCAAGGUCUAGCCAAAGCAUGAUGACACUGUUGUUCAAGGAAUCCUGAGAACCGAAAGCCAGGCAAAAGCACUACUGCUGGUGGCUUCUGGGUUUGUGAGCUGCAUUUCAGGACACAGCAAAUGUGCUUCAGGCCUUAAAGUUAAAACUGGUCUUUCAGGAAGAUUUGUGCAACACUGCAUUUCCCUCAAGACUGAGUAGACAAAAAUAUAUAAAUUCAUUUUUUUAAAUGAAGCACAGUAAGUGCACUUUUAGAAUUUUAUUAGAGGGAAGAAAGGAGCAAAACCCCUCCAGGCUCUGACUGGAGGCCAAGGCAUCUUACGCUCCCAAUUUACCAGUGCCUUAAUGACUUUUCACUUUGAUACAAACAGGGAAAAAAUCGAUCCUACAAAAUUAUACUGGGGGGCAAACUUCUAGAUUUUAAUUUUGUUAGCAUUUGUUUCCUGUGGCUGCUGUAAACUGCCACCAACUAAGUGGCUUAAAACAAAAAUUUAUUGUUACAGUUCAGGCCAAAGACCCAGAAGCAAAACUACAAUAUAAGUGGGGCUGGUUCCUCCUGGAGGAUCUGAAGGAGAACAGUACCAUGACUUCCCAGCUUUCUACGGUUGGCAGGGAUGCUUGUUGCUCCAUAGUGGCUGGAAAGCUUAUCUGGGAGGCAGCUUGCUUAGCUUAUCUACAUCACCAUCACCCCAGGGCAUUCUGUCUCCUUAUCAAGAUUCCCCCUCCCCCCACCAUUUUUAAAAAAUAAAGACACUAGUCAUUUAGUGACUAGUCACUGGGUAUGUGUGACCUCGCCCUGACUUGGUUAGAUCUGCAAAAACCCUAUUUCCAAAUAAGGUUACAUUCUCGGGUACUGGAGGUUAGAAGCCUGGAGCUUAUCUUUUAGGGGGACAAAAUUUAACUCACAAUAGAUUUAUUUCUAUUGUAAGAAAAAGUCAAGCUUGAAUCCCAUGUAUCUUUUGUUUCUAAACCAUGCUACAGAGUCUGAGUAAAUACAAGUUUCAGCCAACUAAGAAAAGAUGUCAUGGGCUGGGUCUGAGGGCCCAGAGGCUGAAAUAAAGAACUCAAUCCACCCCUUUAUUAUGCAGGUUUGUUGACUCCCAUAGAGGAAAAAUAAUUUUCAAGACAAGUCAGUAAAAGGAGGGCCGGGGAUUUAGCUCAGUGGUUCCACCACCUGCCUUGCAAGUGCAAGGUCCCAAAUUCAAUCCCCAGUACAAAAAAAAAAAAAAAAAA